GCGCGAGUUUCCAGGAAGUGUUAACAUUCUGUUUAACCAGCUGAUAGCCAAAUUGUCAACAGUUAAGCCUGCGAUCCCAGCGCUGCUAAAGGACAGCAUACACGACUAAACAAGGAGUGCAGAGAGGUCAGGUCACCACCUGCUUGAAAGACGUAACACUACAGUCUGUGAGGAAGUCAGUGUCAGUGCUCUGCUCCAGGGAGGAGGCCCAGCCCCCCUGUCAUCUCCUAUAGCGGGCCGCUAUGAGUUCCAGAGGGAGUGGAGGCCGCUCCAACGGCACGCUACCCCAGACCAAGAUCUGCCAGUUCAAGCUGGUGCUCCUGGGUGACAUGGCCGUGGGCAAGUCCAGCCUGGUGCUGCGAUUCGUCAAGGGCCAGUUUGAUGAGUUCCAGGAAACGACUAUCGGAGCUGCGUUCCUGGCUCAGUCUGUGUGUCUAGAUGACACCACAGUAAAGUUUGAGAUCUGGGACACUGCAGGACAGGAGCGAUACCACAGCCUGGCUCCCAUGUACUACCGCGGCGCUCAGGCUGCCAUCGUUGUCUUUGACAUCACCAAGCCGGAGACAUUUGAGCGAGCUAAGGCCUGGGUGAAGGAGCUGCAGAGACAGGCCAGUCCUAACAUCGUUAUCGCUCUGGCUGGAAAUAAAGCCGACCUGGCAGAGAGGAGACUAGUAGAGUAUGAGGAAGCACAGACGUAUGCUGAAGACACUGGUCUGCUCUUUAUGGAGACGUCUGCAAAGACAGCUAUGAACGUCAACGAGCUCUUCCUGGCCAUUGCAAAAAAGAUGCCAAAAACAGACACCCAGAACCCGACACAUGCAGCACGACAUCGGGGAGUCAACCUCCAGGAUCCAGACGCCCACUCCACCCGAGCCUGCUGUGGAGGGAACUAGACCUCCACCACUCACCUCGUUAUCCCACCAUCUGCACACCACCACAGCCCGUUUAAACAUCCCGUCUCCUUCAACCAACUCGCAGAGGGGGACCUGACGCCGGGAAACUCGGUAUCAACUCACCUCCUCACCCUCCAUUCAUCCUGCUGUCUGAGCAGACGGAUUCAGAGACAGAGAUUAAGAAAGGAUGAGGAAGACACAGAGUCUGACAUCUGCGUCUCUGUACUAACUGGGAUUCUUCAUUUGGGAGGAGAGGAGAGUAGUGAGUAGUGAAGACUGAGAUGGAGAGGAGGGAAAUAAGAAUGUGGAAGACAGUGGUGAGCCUGUUGUAGAAUUUAGCACUAAAUGUGUGAUUUCUUUGUCUUCAUUCUGCCUUGCAUUGUUUCAGUCACAGCCCUGACAGCGGAAAAAAAAAGAUGCACAAGAUGAGCAGCACAUGCUAGGAAGAGGCCGAGAAAGGAAGCAGAAAAAAACGUCCCGAUUAGAAAUGCCCCGAUCCAGUUGAUUAUUUCUCAUACAAAUCACCCAUAAGUGAGGUUGGCCAAUACCAAUCAUGAUUUAUGUUUUGAUAUAUCAGCAGGAUUAGCAGUUGAUGGGUCUAGUUCACUUUGUAGUGUACUUGGACCUCCUACAGGUGGCAGUGUAACCUGAUUAAGGAGCAUAAAAGUCAUCCUUAUUCAGUACACAGCAUAUUUUUAACUUCCUUUGUCACCAUAGCAGAACAAAAACCUCCUGGUAAGAACAACUGAAUUACACGAUGUGGCGAUUCCUUCAUAAUAUUUGUGUUUAUGGGAUUUCAUUACCACAGAAAAGAUAGUAAACUAAUUCAGCUGGCUAAACAGUGCAAAUAUCUAAUCGAUAAAGGGCAACAAGUCUCAGAACAUUAACUCAGCUGCAUUAUUCAGCUGAUGCAAUUAUCAUAUUAGGCUUAGAGAAUAAAUUUCACCUCCAAACAGCUCUAUUUACUAGGGGUGCAUAAUAUUAUCAGCAUGAUAAGUAUUGGCAGAUAUUAAAAUAUCUUCAGAUAUAUCAGCUGUACAUAUUGGCAGUAUAUAACAUAUAUUGAAAAUGCCAUUGAAACAUUUCUCUUCAUUAAAUAGCCUUUAACCUGGAUACUAUAAGCCUUGAUUAUUAUAUCCUACCUCAUUACAGUGCAUUACUUUUUUAAAAAAGUAGUUAAAAAAGUGAGUAGCUGGUAGAUUUUUGAAUCCACCAGCCACAUACACGUUUGAUAUUUUGGUCAUUAACAGUGAGAUAGAAAAAUCACAAGCGUUUGUGUCUCUGUUUGAAGCUACUUGUUCCGCUCAAACAAGACAAUAGAUCUGACUUCAACAUCCACUAAUGAGACUGUGAAAAGGAAGCUUCAUUUGUCCCAGUUGCUCUUACAGUGUCAGGUCUUGGCAAACUGUCAGACUGUACAGUGUGAGCACAACCAAAACACGAUUGUUACAGAAUCUGCUUGAAAACGCACUAUGUACACUUGGCUUUAGUUAGCUCACGAGCUUUUCAAUUGUAGAUUUUAACCAAUUUCAACACAGAUUUCUAACUUUGAUUAUGAUUUUUAAAUGAUGGGAAUCACGAAAAGGUUUUUAGGGGUGGGUGAUUUAAGUGGAGGAUGACUGACCUGCAGCGGCAUCAGAUGAGUUGAAGUUGAAGGAGCUGAAUUUUAGUUUAAUUUGAUUCACAGUGUUGAUGCUAUACUUAUGGCUGGCAGUUAAAUUAGACAUUAAAAUUGCACUACAGUGCUUCUCCCAGCCCUAGAAAUCAGAGUAUUAACCACAGAUGAUCUGAUCAGUGAGGACAUGCAUUAAAUCUGAUGAAUAUAUGUGGUAUUUCAAUCAAAAUCACAAGCUAAUGGUCACUUCCUACCAGUCGGGGCAUUUCUAGUCCAGAUUCAGAGUUAAACAGUUUUAACUGCUGUCUUUCUUUAGAGCUUACACCUGCUUGCUUCGCUUCCUCCUCGCCCUGAACAAAUCAACCCCUGCUGUGAAUGCCGCCACAUGUUGACCCCUGGAAUGAUCCUAUAAUUCAUAAUCCCCCUCCGUCCGUCUAACUUCCCCUGGUGUCACUGUCCAGACUUGCAUCAGAUAACACUCACAGCACAGUUUCCCCUUAAAAAAAUCCAUAAGUACGUAUUUAUUGUCCGGUCUUUUGACUACUGGUAGUGAUGCUCUGGUGUCUUUUAAAGGCACACUCUCAUUUCUGCUCUCCUUUUGUUUGAAACUCGGGUGGGUGAGGCAAACAUUUAAACUUUUUUUUGUUGAUUUCUUUCUCAUACAAUUUGCGCCAUCAGCUUGUUUUAUGAAAAGAUUGUUUUGUGGUUUUACGCCUUGCUUGACUGCUCAGAAGCACCACUUACUAUUCUGUAUUUAAAGUAACAAAACAGACUAGAUAGGAGCGCUAGUAUUGUUCUGGACCUGGUAACUGUAAACUCGAGUAGCAGUGAACAUAUCCCUGAAACCCAAAGAAAGCUGUAUUGUGCAAAAUAAAAGAUUAACAAAGUACCUGCCCUCAAAAUAAGAUUAAAAAGGAAUUUCCACGUUUUUAACCAGAGCCCUACUUUUACGUUUUAGUGGGUCUGAAUGAGGAAAAAAUUUCUGCAUGCUCCAGUAGAUUGCAGCAUUUGGCAUCUGCUGCAAUGGCUGCAGAAUAAUCCUUAAAAAGCAACUGCUUUUGAUCACUAAAGGUGCUCAUUUUCCCCACUGAAAAGCUGAUUGUGUUAUUAUAGGUUUCUGACAACAUGACAGCAAGAAUCCGUAUAGAGGUGGGCCAUUUUUUUAAAGCACUGGAUGCUUUAAUUGUGACCUGAUGUUGCUGUUUUAUUAGGUUUAUCUUCUGUGAUUGAUUCACUUUGAUUUUCUUUUCAGAAUUGCUUUGGAUUAAACCUGAUAUUCAUGUAAUGUUUUAAUGACAGAGAUCCGGGCAGCAGUAGACAACGUUUUCCAUUGUCCUGUGAGGCUAAAUUGCUGUUUUUAUCAGUGGAAUUUGAUGGCUUUGCACAGAGCUGUUAAAGCAGCUGUUUCUUUUUUCUUAUCAACAAAAAGAGUCUUUAUCUGAAGGAAUCUUUCUGCAAUUUUGUCAGACACUUAACUAACCUGUUGGUGGAAAAAACAAAAACUUGUGGUUGACAUAAAAGUGAAGGAACUCAUUAUCAAAGGGCCUUGUUCAUAAGUGAGGGUAAGCCUGGCAGACUGAUAGGUGCAGCAUCAGCAGUACUACAGGCAUUGCACUGGACUGUUGUGGUGAAAAGGGGGCUCAGCUGAAAGGCAAAGCUCCUGGUUGGAGCUAUAAUCUAACCCUCACCUAUAGUUUCGAGCCUUUGGUAACAACUAAAAAGGUAAGAUUGCAGAUGUAAGUGGUCAAAAUGAGAUUCCUCCCAACGAUGGCAGGAGGUGUUCAGGCAUAUGGAGGGAGCUCAGAGAGGAGCUGCUGCUCUUUUGCAUCAAAAGGAGCCAGUUUAGGUGGCUCCUGGUCACCUCCCUUUAGCGGUCCUCCAGGAAUGUCCAACUGUGAGGAGACCAGAACUUACUGGAAGAGAAGCAUCCAGCUGCAGACCUGGAGCCCAAAUCCUGCCAAAGCCCUGAUCGUGAUGAAAGUGAUGCACAUAAUGGCGAUUCUAUUCAAGGGCUCUGUGCAGGAAGUGGACGUUUACUUUUUGUAGCAGUUCUUGACGGUUUUGUAUGCAAUUUUUUAGAUAAAAAAAUGCACACAUUUGCUUGUGUUUUUAAUACUACAUCCACACAAUUAGCCCUUUAACAUUGGCUGUUGAUGACAUCUUAUUAUACAGUAGUGUGCAUAAGUUUUAGCCAUAUGGGGUGCUAGUCGAGUCAAGCUCAACACAUGGUGACACGUGUGUCACUCGACAGCCAAGGUCAAGCUUGAUGGCAUCUAUUUUGUCCUCGCCUUUUCACCCCUGGUAAUAAAAACCUCUGGUUAUUGGACUCUUUGGACAUCCACAGUAUGACCAGGAGCUGGUGACAACCCUACUACCUGCCCAGAUGAUACCCUAGGCCAGGGAUUUACAAACUUUUUAGCCUGUGACCCCCAUAAUAAGGUGCCAGAGACCAAGGGCCCCAACUGUACCAAAAGGAUGUUGAAGCAUAGUUGAACACAGCUGUGCACAGUCAUGUGCAGGCUUACAUUUAAAGGAUUUUUUAACCAUUACUUUGAUUUCUAAUUAUAAAUCUCACCAAACCAAAUGGCCAUGUUUUCAUUUUAUGUAUGUGUUUUUAUAAGAAUGGGUAAAAUCUACCAUUUGAAAUCAUUUAAAAAUAUUCUUUGGUUUUUGGAAGGCAUCUGGCGACACCCUCUCAGUGUCUUGUGACCCCCAAGGGGGUCCCGACCCCCACUUUGAGAACCUUGCCCACGUCAUUCUUACUCACCAAAUCCCCUCUUACUUUGCCCUAAAGGUGUGAACUUGGAUAUUUUUCAACAGAUUACUGUCUCAUGCCCCUGGCAAAAUGCAUGGACAUCCAGAGCAUAUCUGGGGUUGUGUCAAUCCUCCUUCCUGCCUGAUGGUGACCUCAGGCAGCUUACUUGCCACAUCUCCACCUUUCUUCAGCCCAUUUCUGGCCCAAACAUGCCUAAAAGUUCUGCACAGUACUGUAUAUACAUACGCACAUUCUCUUACAAAAACCUUUUCUCUGAACUAGUUAGGAAAAAAAUUCCUAAUUGAGAUUAUUUUGGCUUAUAUUGCAAAUUCCACAAGACUUGUUUCAUUGAAGGGAAUGAUCAUUUUUAUGCCUUUCUCAUUCUGAUGGAGGAAGCAGGAUUUUUUGCAGACUGUUCUAGAAAAUAAUGUAACUUCAAGCGUAACAUCUCUGCUGCAAAAAAACUGGAUUAGACUAGUAUUUCAACACGCAUUUCAGGAAAAAAAAAGCACAAUCUCUGAUUUAAAAAAUUGCAGGAAGAAAUAUUCAAUUGAAUUUAACUUUCUGUUAAAUUCCCAACCUGACAAUGAAUCUUCAUUAAAAAAGCAGUCAAAUAUCGUCACUUUUUGAUUGCAACUUUAUAGAGUGGAAAAUGUACAUUUUGAAGUUUAUUCCUGAAAAAGAAAAACAGCAUACGUCACGCCUUCAUGAUAGGGGCUUUGUGAAGACAGGGACUAGGGCCCCAGGUCUGCAGCUGGAUAGCAUGGCACUGGAGGGAUUAAGAAUCCCAUCAGGCCUGGGAACCCCUUAGGAUACCCCAGAAAGAGCUGGAAAAUGUCACUGGGGAGAGGGACAUCCUGCUUAACUUUCUGCCAUGUCUAACAUGCUGCCACCACAACCUGGCCUUGGAUUGGUGGAAGAAAACGGAUGGAUGGGCUUCACUUGCCUUUAGUUGCAGCUCUAUCAGCCUGUUUGAGAGCCGCCUACCAAAACUAUCUCCUUCUCUAUUCUAAAAUGUUUUGUUCCUUUAUGCAUUAAGACCUAAAAUGUGUAAAACAAGGGCUAUGGUCAAAAAGGGAAGAAUCUUGGUUUUCAAAUAAUUACAGAUAAUGUAUUGGCAGUAGUUCAGUUAUAUUUUGGGGGCUGUAGUCUUUUUAAAAAGAGAUUUUAAAGACAGAAUACAAAGUAGUAAGAUCAAAUAUUGGUAAUAAAUCUCCAACCAUCUGUGGGAGAUUUAUCCACACAUACUGUGUUAAACGUGACCCUCAUCUGUAGUUAUAGUUAAACAUAAAAAUGAAGUGAUCUUAAAUGGUUUUAAGGAUUGUUUUCACUUGAUAUGAAGCUCUUAAGAUUAGACUUGUGUUCUUGAUUGCAUUUUGAGGCUUGGCUGGAGAAAAAGAGGAAAUAUUUGAUGAAAACACAAAAAACAGAAGUGCCUAUUCCCAGUUUUCUUUAUUUUUCUGUGACUCAUGAUUGGGGCUUUUCCCUUAGGUGUGAGCUUCGUAGACGAAAAGCAAAAAUCUCAUCUCCCUGACAUCAGCUUGUACUUUAAAACAAUAACCUGGCACCCUGUCUUUAGGCUGUAGUAAACUGUAUUGGCCGUUUGUAUGGAUGUAAAGAGAUCUUGUUGAAUACACUGUAUGUUAUAUAUUACUGUCUUGAUUUUAAUGAAAGUGUUUUAUUGAUUUAGGAGGAGCACACUUGUGAACUUGGAAUGGAUCUAGUUAAUUUUAUGAAUCUGUUUCAUUUAAACUAAAUUGAUGUCUAUGAAAUUCUUUUUUUUCUUUUUAUUUUCAGAUUGACUCGCGUGUUUAAAAAGGCCUUUUGAAAACAUGGCAAUCUAAUUAAGGGUCUCCAAAUUGGCUUUUAAUAUCUGUAUUGAACUGUAACAGCUCAUUAGCAACAUUAAACAGUUAUUCAUUCUUCAGGGCUCACAAGUAGGUUCAAUGUUCUGUGCAAUUAAAAUGACAAAAGGUGAUUAAAACAAGCCUGGAUUUAUUUUUCAUUGGCACAUUUAGUAUGUGAAGUGUUCAAUAAAGCUGUGAAUGACG